AUGUAUAAGGUGAAUUAUGACGGGGCUUGCUUCGUGGAUGAAGAGAAAGCAGGGAUUGGUGUUGUGGUGCGGAAUGAUCGGGGUCAAGUUAUGGGAUCACUAGCAGAGAAAAUUGAAAUGCAGCCGACUGUGGAAGUCCUGGAGGCAAUGGCAGCAAGGAGAGCGAUGAUAUUCAUGGAAGAGUUGGGCUUGAGACAUGCAGUAUUUGAGGGAGACUUCGAGCUUGUGGUAAAAGCACUAGUAGGCCUCUGCCCAGACCGGUCUAGUAUUGGUCAUAUUAUAAAAGAUUGUAAGUCUUUAAGGGGUUUGUUCCAAACUUGUUCUUUCUCUCAUGUUAGGCGGCAGGGCAACGGUGUUGCACAUGCUUUAGCCAGGAGAGCUAGAAUGUCUUUUCCUUUAUCUGUUUGGAUGGAAUCUGUUCCAGCCGACAUUACCUAUCUAGUUUAUGUUGAUGUAACUUCAUAA